AUGCCAUUCGCCACCGGAUCGGGCCGGCCGGCCUCAUCCGCCACGCCCAUCCCCAUCCUCGCGCCGCAGGCUCGCAAGCACACCCAUACCCGUAACACCUCGGCGCCAAUCUACCUACCCUCCACUCCUCUGCCUCGUCCAGCUGGUCCGGCCAAGUCGCCCCGUGGGCCAGGACUACGCGUCAUCACCUCCUUCCCCCUCCCUCCUCCUCGUCGGCCUAAGCUCGGUGCGCAGACUCAAUCGCUCGAUCAAGGUAUAGCCAUCAGGCAGCCCGUACCCGUUCGUCAUUAUGCGCCACCGCUGCUCAAUACCGCUCCACUGCCUGCCACCCGCCGGGAUCAUGCUGCCUCCCUUCCUCGGCGGGCGGUCUACCGGAAGCCCGUCCCUGCGCUCCAGGUUGAUGUGGAUAUGGAGCAUGACCACGCGCAGGUUGUCCCUCCAACCAGACCCUGUCCGCCCAUCAAGUCGAGCUUGGAGAAGCGGAUGCGUCGGGAGGCGGUCAUCAUCUCUGACGGGAUGUACACGUCGUACCAGCCGGACAGGCUUGACUGGGGUACGCGGGACACGUCCCAGAACGACGGAGCCAUCUCGGCUCCAUCUCCUACCCGGAUUAUACCCUCGACCAGCCGACCCUCAGGCAGGGGUCACAAACGCACCAUCUCCGACAAGUUCAAAUCCCUCUUCUCCCCUUCUCCACCUCGACCUCCCCAUAUCCAGCUCUCGACCUCCUCGCCUGCACCAUCCGCGGCUCUCGUCCUCCCCGAAGAAGACCUAGAGCGGAUACCUAUGAAUGACGAGUCAGACAUCCCCACCUACUCGGCGACCUAUCCGCAACCGGAUGAUCCGUUCUACCUCGCCGUCCCACACACUCCUGCUCUGACCGAGGCUGCGGGUCAGCCGGGCAGGCCCUACCGAUCCCCCGGAACGGCGAGCUUUGUGGUGUCUCGCGAGGAGGACAUCUGGGGGGUGUCGGCACAAGGAGGCGAGGCGGACGAGAAUGCAGCGAGGCGAAACACGUUCGGGGUGAUAGAAUGGCCAAAGACGGCCAUGGCUAGCUUGGGGACAGAGGUGCGUUCAGUGGCGGGAAGCGAGGGGUUCAGUCCGGGUUCGAGGGCGAGGGGCUCGAGCGAUGGUACAUGUGAGGCGGACGAUGAGAUGAGUCCCGAGAUGGACCCGGCGGGGGAGGUUGUGCUAGCGUACCUUGUGGGAGGAGAUGGCGGGGUGACGGCGUGA